AGAGUGGCUCAGUCACACUGGGGUCUGCAGAGCACUCAGAGACCACAGGAACAGUACGUCUAUGCCAGUUGCCCAAUCAAGAAUGCCUGCUGACACAGCUAGCCGUAAGAAGACUAAUGCAUAUGCAGCAGUGGCUGUGGAUCCAGAUACUGGAUAUAGCACUCCUGGGGCAUUUGAGUUAGAGAGACUAUUUUGGCAUGGAGCAGCCAAAUACACCCAUGUAAAUGAAGUUUUCCCCAACUUGUACAUUGGAGACGAGAAAACUGCAUUAGAACGCUAUGGUUUGGAGAAAAAUGGCUUCACUCACAUUCUCAAUGCUGCACAUGGGCGCUGGAAUGUGGACACAGGAGCAGAGUAUUACAGUGAUAUGGACGUGGAGUAUUAUGGGGUGGAAGCAACAGAUCUACCCAGUUUUGACUUAAGUCAGUUUUUUCACCCUGCAGCUGAAUUCAUUCACAAGGCACUAAGCAAGUCAAAUAGUAAAGUUUUAGUCCACUGUGCUAUGGGUCGGAGCCGCUCUGCCUCUCUCGUUCUGGCUUACCUGAUGAUUUAUGAAAAAAUGACAGUUGUUGAUGCAAUUGCACAAGUCCUUAAACAUCGUUGUAUACUUCCUAACCGGGGUUUUCUCAAGCAGUUACGGCAGCUAGACAUUCAACUGGCCUUAGAGAGGCGAGCUGCACGGGAUGCUGAAAAUGGUUUUGACAAGAAUGAAUGACGGUGAUAAAACAGGGAACUAACCAAGAAUACAAUUUGUGAUGGAAAUCUCAUACACCACAACUUCAGCUUAGUUUCUGCUUUGAUCUUGUGCUGUAAAAAUCUGCUUCUGUCAUUCAGCUUGUGACCUCUAGUACCCUCAUCUACGGAUUUGGCUAUAGUUCCUUUUCUCUUUUGUCACUCUGGUUCA